AUGGGUUCCAUCUCGGGAUUGUCGCCAAACCAACUGCAGCUCAUCAAGGCCACCGUGCCGGUGUUGGUCGACCAUGGCAAGUCCAUCACCACGGUCUUCUACAAGAACAUGCUGGCCGCGCAUCCAGAGUUGAACAAUGUCUUCAACAUGCCCAACCAGGUCAACGGCCACCAGCCGCGUGCGCUGGCCGGUGCCUUGUUCGCGUACGCGUCCAACAUCGACAACCUGGGCGCAUUGGGCCCUGCCAUUGAGCUGAUCUGCAACAAGCACGCCUCGCUCUACAUCAAGCCCGACGACUACAAGAUCGUCGGCAAAUACCUUCUCGAAGCCAUGGGCGAAGUCCUCGGUGAGGCCCUCACGCCGGAGAUCAAGGAUGCCUGGGCUGCCGCCUAUUGGCAAUUGGCCGAUAUCAUGAUCGGACGCGAACAGCAGAUCUACCAGCAGAGCGAAGGCUGGACCGAUUGGCGGGACUUUAAGAUCAUCGACAAGGUCCCCGAGUCGGACGAGAUCACUUCUUUCUAUCUUGCUCCUGUCGAUGGCAAGCCGCUGCCUGCUUUCCAACCGGGCCAGUAUAUCUCUGUGCAGGUCUAUGUUGAUGAGCUGAAGUGUGACCAGCCUCGUCAAUACUCGCUCAGUGAUAAGCCGUCGCCGGAUUACUACCGCAUCAGUGUGAAAAAGGAGAAGGGUCUUGACGCUACAGAGUCGACUGCUGCUGCUCACCCCGGCUACGUCUCCAACCUCCUGCACAACACCAAGAACAAGGGCGAUAUCGUCAAAGUCUCCCACCCGGCCGGCGACUUCUUCUACACCCCGACCGAGGAGAAUCACCCUGUUGUACUUAUUUCCGCCGGUGUGGGUCUCACUCCCCUGACCUCGAUCCUCAACACAUUGACGACCAAGUCGCCUGCCGAGCGCAAACUUCAUUUCAUCCACGGCGCCCGCACAUCCAAGGCGCGCGCUUUCCAGGGCCACGUCGCCGGCCUCGCGAAGGAGUACCCGAAUCUACGGGCGACUUUCUUCACGAGCCAGCCUUCUGGCGAGGACAAGCAGGGCGUGGAUUACGACCACGUCGGACGCGUGGACCUCAGCAAGCUUGAUUCGACCAACGAUCUGUUUUUGGACGAUUUCCAGACUGAAUACUAUAUUUGCGGUCCUGACAAGUUCAUGACUGACACCAAGUCAAGCCUCGAGGGCCUUGGCGUGAAGGCCGAUCGCAUCAAGAUGGAGCUGUUCGGAACUGGCGGAGUCUAA